ACGAGAUGUCCGCCAAAAUGGCGUCAUUUGAAGGGUUGUAAACAAACAGUUGAAAUACAAGAUUCAAAAUACAUUCGAAUCUAUAUCUAGAAUCUAUAAGGAUUCUAUAACUAUAAAGUAUUAUUAUUAUUUACUUAGAAUUUGAAAAGAUGCUAUUAUUAGCAAUGUUUAGAUCUAUUAGUUAAACUGUUUACGGCUGCAAAUUACUCAGCUUUACUCAACUUUAAAAACUGGUUCUUCUUGAAAUUGAAGCAGAUAUAAGUUUGGCAUUACCUAUGAACUUGAUGACAGUGAAGUAUGUCUACAUCUUCAGCUAAAGGAUGGUCUUAUCUUCAGGAAAAGCAAGGCUUUUCUUGGGAUCAAUACCUGAAAGACAUAGAUGCAAAGGCAGCUCCUGCCACAUGUUUUAAACAGGCCAGCACUCCUCCGUCCAAUGAAUUUCACAAGUCAAUGAAGCUUGAGGCUAAUGAUCCGAGGAACAAUACCUCCAGCUGUAUAGCUACAGUCAUAGACAUGCAGGGGCCAAGACUCCGGCUUCGUCUAGAUGGCAGUGAUGACAAGAAUGACUUUUGGCGCCUGGUUGAUUCUGGUGACCUUCACCCUGUUGGCUUCUGUGAGCAACACAAUGGCAUGUUACAGCCUCCGCUAGGUUUUCGAAUGAACUCGUCCAGUUGGCCAGGAUUUUUACAAAGAACACUGAAGGAAGCAACAUUAGCCCCAGAGUCUUGUUUCAACAAGGAGCCUCCAACACCACCUGGCAACUUAUUUCUAGUUGGCCAGAAACUGGAAGCCGUGGAUAGAAAAAACCCUGCCCUGAUAUGUCCUGCCACUGUUGGCGCAGUCAAUGAGGAGCAGAUUCACGUCACCUUUGAUGGCUGGCGCGGUGCCUUUGACUACUGGUGCCGUUACGACUCCAGGGACAUCUUCCCUGUGGGCUGGUGUGAAAAAAGUGGACACCCAUUGCAGAGUCCAGGUGUUAAAGCCACCCCAUUCAAGUCAGUUAAAAGUCUUCGUGAGACGGAGCUGAGUGUGAGUGUCGCAGGGAGUGGCUAUGGUGGGAGUCCGUCCGUGAGUUCCCCCAACUCCCAGACUGUGGGAGGAUACAGUGCCAGCCCCUCCAUCAGCCCCCCCAACUCCCAUGCCAGCCCCCUGACCCCCAGUUCUGAGGAGGUCAACCACCUUUCACCCCACGAGAGCACAGUUACUAGCUCCGAGCCUGACACCACAGGAGCAGACGCUGAAAAAGUGUGUGUCUAUGUAAACCACAGUUGUAACAGUGGGAGCUUGCUGUCCCCACGUAGUUUACUAGCGGACAUGCCCAGCAAGUUUGGGCCAGGCCCCAUCAGCUCAGUGCUGGCUGAUCUUGUGGAGACCUGCAUUGAGUGCGCUGUACAGCAGAGGCAGGUCUUUGACAUUUUAAAGAUGGCAGCUGCUGGGACUGGCAAGAUCACUAUUAGAGCCACCCACAAUAACAGAACAUUUACCAAAAGAAUAGUCUCCUACGACAAGGUGUCAGACUUCAUCCAAUUUCUGGAAGGGUUCAGGGAAAGUCUGGGCUGCUGUGAGAACUUUCUCAGCGCUCACUCUCACAUCAAGCAGUGUCUCAAGUGUCAGAACAACCGCGCCAAAACUUCUGCCAGGAGAUCAGCCCCGUGGUUGCCAGACUCAGAAGAAGACAAUUACCAACCCCCCAAGUCUGUCAGACGGCGCUGGUCAACAGAAUCAUCAGAGAGCUCCAGGGGUGGGGCUAAACUUGUCCCCAGCAGCAACAGGCAGUACUCCACCCUCGAACCUGCCAGCUCAACAACAGGGGAGAACAACUCCCAACCCCCACUUCUCCUCCCUGCAGCCCGCACAGUGGAUCCUUCAGAGUGGAGCGUGGAGGACGUCAUGACUUACAUCAAAGAGACUGAUGUAGGUCUCACACCUUAUAUUGAACAUUUCAGGAAACAUGAAAUAGAUGGAAAAGCCUUCCUGCUGCUCAAGAGUGAGAUGAUGCUGAAGUACAUGGGUCUAAAGCUGGGACCAGUGGUCAAGUUGUGCAAUAUCAUCGACAAACUCAAGGCUAGAUGCAACAAGUAAAGACUUGCCACACCUGCCUGCCACAGCAGCUCCAUAUCAACAUGCAAGACAUGUUUCAAAUGUUGCAUUGUAAAAGCUCCAUGUCCCAUCAACAUGCAAGACAUGUUUCAAAUGUUGCAUUGUAAAAGCUCCAUGUCCCAUCAACAUGCAAGACAUGUUUCAAAUGUUGCAUUGUAAAAUCCAAAAGUUGUAGAGCCAAUGGGGUUAAACAAUAGAAAACUGACGGGUAAGCAAUACAUUUUUUAUACACCUGGUGCCUGGCACUGGGGCGGUCACUCGCUGGGUCACGCAGCCAGCUGCUGGGUCAUGCAGCCAGCUGCUGUUGGUUGCUGCAGCUAUAGACUGCUGUUUACAUAGAGCUUUCGGGGAUAUCAAGGGUUAUUCACUGUUUUUGUUGGCUUUUUCUUUUCUAUGCUUGUGAUUUAUAGCUCAUUUUUCCAAUUGUAUCAUAUGUUUUUUUCAAACACUUUUUCACUUUUAAAAUUUGUUGUUCCACAAAUUAUAGGGCUUAUUUUACAACCUAUUCAAUGUUGAUUAAACAAAAUAGAGUAUUGCAAAGACUAGGAAGAGUUGAUGAAAUUGUAUUUUAUUUAGUGCUGAUUGUUUCAGAAAUCAAAUUAAACUAGAUUAGAUAUUUACAGAUUAAUGUAGCAAUAGAGUAGCGGGGGGGGGGGGGAUACAAUAAGCUACAGUGGUAGGGGGGAAUACAAUGUUACAGUGGUAGGGGGGAAUACACUACAUUGCUAUGUUGGUCUGUAACAAGUGUUUAUCCAUGUAAUGCUAGUGAUGUGUGCUAAAAUGUGAAUUGUUUGAACCUGCCAUUCCCAGUUGUCAGAUUAUCCACUAUGCAACUGUUUAAUACUGAGACGAGAGUGAUUGAAUGUCAGUACUAAAGGUUUACAUGUUACAUGCUGUUUGCUCUAUUAUGCAAAGGAAAAAAUGUGCCACGUUGGUUAGAAAAUGUGCUGUCGGACAGCAACUGUGACAGCAAGUGGUUGACAUCAAAUGUCUGUGUGUUAUUGAUCUUGUGACAGCAAGCGUAACUCUUUGACAGCAACUGUCUGACAAUGAUGUGUACCACCACAAGACACAACAAAUACAAGCAACUAUGACAGCAACUGUCUGACAAUGAUGUGUACCACCACAAGACACAACAAAUACAAGCAACUAUGACAGCAACUGUCUGACAAAGAUGUGUACCACCACAAGACACAACAAAUACAAGCAACUAUGACAGCAACUGUCUGACAAUGAUGUGUACCAUCACAAGACACAACAAAUACAAGCAACUAUGACAGCAACUGUCUGACAAUGAUGUGUACCACCACAAGACACAACAAAUACAAGCAACUAUGACAGCAACUGUCUGACAAUGAUGUGUACCAUCACAAGACACAACAAGCCCUAUAAUUUUAGCGCUUGCUGGACAUUCUGCUAUUCUACUGUAACAAGCAUUUCUAUGCCCAGUUUUCAACUGAGGUAAGGAAUAGAUAAGUAGUAACUAGAGAUGCUUAAAGACUGGGUUUUGUCUGAAAGGUGUGAGGGAAUCUUAGUGGAACUGUUUGCUUGUAUUGUACUCUCUAUCUUGUUCAUGUUUAAUUACUAAAGCUGCACACUGCCUUCAUUUACACAUGUUUCAUUCACUUCAUAUUUCUGAUGUUUACAUUUUUCUUUUUUCUUUCAUGGGUUUUUUUUUCCAUAUCUUGAGCUAUAUUUUAACACACUACAUGGAAAGGUAGUUUAAGUGUGUCAUUUAUUUGUUAGUAAGUAAAUGAACAAUAUUAUUGUUAUCUUUGUACUUGGGCAUCAAAAGCAGCUCAGAAAUGCCAUCUUCUUUGAAAUUUGAGGUUAUCUCUAAUGAUCUAAUUCUAAUGGGAUUCAGGGGGCUUCUCGAAUUCUUAUGGGAUUAGGGGGUACUUUUAAUCCUAAUGGGAUUAGUAGGUUCUUCCUCUGGCCGUCCACUGGAUGUUACAGUGAUGUGUUGGAUGUAACUGGCCACUUGAACAGAGUAGAAAAAAGACCAGGCUAAGGUUACAUUGUUAUUUUUACAAACUUGCUGUUUUAUGGAAAACUUAAUUCAAGUAUUUUUGUGCGUAAACUGCCAUCUGUUUAUGAUGCCCACAAAAACAAGUUGGAAUCUUAAACAUGCCCCCC